UGGUGCUUUGCAGGCGAGGGAGGCACCUUGUGGGAGGCUUGAGUCUGGCGAAAGUCGCCCUAGUCCCAAGCCGCUUCUUGUUUUAAAAUGCAGUCCUGUUGUUCUUUGUCAGACACACCCACACGGUCACGUCUUGGGCCCUGUCUUGUCUUAAAAAGCUGGGCAAUUGCCGGCGCCGCGGCUCACUAGGCUAAUCCUCCGCCUGCGGCGCUGGCACACCGGGUUCUAGUCCCGGUCGGGGCGCCGGAUUCUCUCCCGGUUGCUCCUCUUCCAGGCCAGCUCUCUGCUGUGGCCCGGGAGUGCAGUGGAGGAUGGCCCAAGUACUUGGGCCCUGCACCCCAUGGGAGACCAAAAGUACCUGGCUCCUGCCAUCGGAUCAGCGCGGUGCGCCGGCCGCGGCGGCCAUUGGAGGGUGAACCAACGGCAAAGGAAGACCUUUCUCUCUGUCUCUCUCUCUCUCACUGUCCACUCUGCUUGUCAAAACAAAACAAAACAAAAAGGCGCUGGAAAUCUGGAAUUAUUCUCCGGCGGCUGCUGUGUGUCACCUAGUGGCCCUCCCCAAUCCCUUCUUGAUUUUUUUCCUUUAUAUCUCCUCCCCCUCAUCCUCUCCCCUGUGCCACUUCGGCUACCCUUACUCCCACUGCUUUAUGUUUUUUUUUCCAAAGAUGUAUGAAUUUAUUCAAAGACGUAUUUUGUUUGUUUGAAAGGUGGAGAGACAGAGAAAGAAAUCUUCCGUCAGUUGGUUCACUCCUCAGAUGGCGGCAGCUGCCGAAGGCGGGAGCCCUGGGCUGCAUCCGGGCCUCCCACAAGGACCCGCAUCUGUGUCCGACACGUGGGCUGCAUCCGGGCCUCCCACGAGGACCCGCAUCUGUGUCCGACACGUGGGCUGCAUCCGGGACUCCCACGAGGGCUGCAUCCGGGUCUCCCUCGUGCGCGGCCGGCCCAGCGCGGGAUCUUCCUCAGGAUCGGAAGCCGGGCCACCGGCGCUCAGGGCGUCGCAGGUCCCGUGUUGAGAAGAGAACCUCUGGGAAGCACUGGCUGUCAUUUCUACCCAGACUUGGGUGUGGUGCACUCGAGAGCACUUUAGAGGCUCCUCCUUCCCAGUGACUGCAAACGGGACUCAAGUGCCCAGGUCCUCUCGCCGCAGCCGCACGGCCUUUACCCCCGACCAGCUGGGGAUGCUGAAAGCUGUUUUAGAAACCAGCCGCUGCCCAGAUUGGAGCCAAAAAGAAGAGUUAUCAUCCGAGCUUCAUCUGGAUGCCUAUGGGAUCAAGACCUGGUUUAAAAAUCAGCGCGCCCAGCAAAGAAAACUGCAGCGAAAGGGCCAGCCCCGCCAGCCCAGCGAGUCCACACCUCAGCCUCCUCCUCCGCCUCCGCUGCCACCACCGCUGCUGCUGCCACUGCGCCGCCACCGCCGCCGCCGCCGCCAACAUGCUCGGAGCUCAGCGCGCCUGCGGAGGAAGAGCAGGGCCCCGGGGGCUCCCAGGCGCAGGGCCCCGAGGCUGCCGAGGACCCGCUGCCCGCCGAUCUGCACAACAUCCAUCUGGACUCCUCUGCGCCCUGGGCUUCGCUGCCUCAUGACAUCGGGGAGCUCGUGCGCAUGUACCGCUUGUUCCAUGACGACGAGCCAGACGACUAGCAGAUAUCUGAAGCCCCAGACUUCAAGGGCCGAAUUUUUUCCAGUCCUAGAAAAAAGAAAAAGGACGAAGCAGUCUGUAGGAGCCCCUGCCGGCGACCUGGAGACAGCCCUGGAGGGACCACUCCUCUGCCUUGUUCUUUACAAAAGCAAAUGUGCUGGGAGUUUGGGGGGCUCUCUGGGCUGGUCCGAGGCAUCACAGCCUGGAGGCUGGUUUUCUGUAGUGUGUGGACGUUUUGUAAUGGUGAACUUAGAUACUUGUGAAGUGCCACAAGAAGACGAUUUAUGGGGUUCCUGAGGGCAGUCAGGCGGGCCUGGCGACCUCGCCGCGGCCUUGGCCCCCAGCCGCCACCAGAGUCCGGGGUCGCCGCCACCGUGGAGCGCCAGGGGGCGCCAUCGUAGACAACGCGAAAUCCAGGGCCGCAAGGGCGUGGUGGCCACGUUCGUGGGCUGCCGUCCUCCGCGUGCUCUCGGGCGGUGGGUGGGCAGCGGGCCUCCCCGGGCCACGCACGAGGGGACGGGCCUGAGACUCGGGCGCCCGGACCCGCUUUCCAGUGGUCAAGUUCUCCCAGAGUUCUCGCCUCUGCUUCCCGCAGGUCGCUAGGCGCCUCAGGCCCGCCCCCUUGCUCUUACUGUCCAAUCAGGAGCGAGGGAGGGAUUCCUUCGGGCUCCAGCAGGGCAGGGAUAUUUUUUUCUUUUUUCUUUGUUUGAAGGCAGAGUUCAGAGCGGUAGAGUUAGUGAUGAGAUAGAGGUAGAGAGAGAUACAGAGAGAUAGAGAUAGAG